ACAAAAAGUGAUGUGAGAAAAUGUCAAACUUUCACGUCAUCACAUCCACAAGCUAAACACUUUUUCCAAAACUAACAUCAUGGCGGAAAGCAACCCUGCCGAAGAAAAUCCAAAAGAAAAAAAGCAUUUUUCCAUCAAAGAAAGUGAUGAAGUUUUGAAACAAAAGUCUUCAGAAGCCGGCACUAAAUCGUCCGAGGAAAUGGCAAAAUCGCACUCUUCCCUGUCCUCAGCUCUAGCAACUUCCUCAAAAGACGAGGUCAAUGUCUCAAAAAAAGUCAAACCGCCGCAGCUCGAAGCACGAUUCAGGGACGACUCUUUCGAGGUGCCCAAAAAAGAGCUAAAGUACGUUGACAAAAACGAGGAGAAAUCAGUCGAAGAAGCGCCUUCCUCGUUGUCGGUCCCCGACGAACAAGAGAAAAAACUGCGUUUUGGGGAGCAGAAGGACUCCCGAACGAAAGGCAUGCGGUUCGAGUACGGCCGUUGUCCCAAAACUUGCGAACGAUUUUUGGGAAUUGUGGAGUUUUCGAAAAUUUUCGUUGACGAAAUUAUCGAAGAUGCUUUACUCAAGGGCAGAGGCUUCAAACAACAAUCGUCUGUUAGAAUCAUUGAGGGUAUUGAGUAUAACGAAAGCAGUGACGAGUCUUUGUCACUGGCAAGUAUCGGAACGUACGUUUGCGUGCUCGAAUGGCCAACCAUUGAGGAGUUUACGCAGGAGAUUGGCACUGCGAAAAUUAGCGAGUAUCUGUCUUACUGGAAAUUUGAAGAAGACUGGAAGUAUUGCAUCAAUUUCUUAAUUGGCAAAAGUGACUCUGCUUGCGAUUUUUAUCAAUACGAAGCAAUUUUUAGCAUACCUUGCAAGCAGUACCCAAUUGCACAAGCAACAGCAAGUGUGUUUUUUGUGUUUGAAGUUUCAAGAAUAAAGCCUAGACAUUGUCUCGUCGAUGUGCACUACUGGUUUGAAGGACAACGAACAAUUCACACACCUGGGAAAUUCACGUUCCAAGAAGAAAAACUAUUCAACAUAGUUGAUGCUAAAAUUAACUUCUAUAAAACCCUAAGAUUCUAACUGUAAGUUAGAGGCUCCAUUAACUUACGGCAAAAAUUGUAAUGAAAAAAUUAUCUAAUUGCAAUUCUUCAUAAAUAAUUUCGAAUAUUACAAACACUUUCAGAAAAAUAGUUCUACGAAUAGCUUGCCCUUGAAGUCUAAAAAUCUUAUAAAAAAGGGAAGCAAAUAAAAUACUGAACCAUAAUAUAUUAAAAAUUCAAUUUUAAUUUUUUAUUGUGUGAAAUCUGGUUCUAGUUCAAAGCUCAACGCUCUCAUUUAUCACCAAAAACUUCAAAUCAAUAAUUAUAUGAAUCGGGCGUAAGUACUAUACAGAAGUAAGUUACAGAAUAAUAAUGAGAAUAAAAAAGUUUAACAAGCAAUAAAUCGAACAUUAUCUUAUUAUCUAAUCAUUAUGUAUUAUGUAUAAUGAAAACAAACAAAAUAGAACAGUUAAAUAUUGUAUACCGACCCUUAAGAUCGAAAAUGCUUAAGAAAAAAUAAUUAAGAAAAAAACUGUUUCUUUAAAGUCUCAGAUAUGAUUGUGUCCGCAACUUUAAUAAAUAAACCAGGACAACAAUGAAAAUGGAUAUAGUAGGUACGUUUACUCACAUUAAAAAGUUAUAAAACUUUUAAUAACCCAAAUCAUUAAACCCUCAUUAACGACAAACGUCCUCUUAAUAAUUCCCCAGACACUGUUUGUUCGUAGUCGCGACCACAAUGCCCAACGUAACAAACAAACGGCAAAAGCGCCUGUUUUCCAAAACACGGACAAAAUCUGAAGACCCCUUUGUCAUGAUAAAAGACGUUUUCGUCGAUGGUGGUUACCACCCAGUUACAAAAAUGCUAAACUACAUUUGCCUCGUAAUCCACUCUUGCAGCCUUUUGCUCGAACUAAAUUAUUUCGUUCACAAUUACCACUUUGACCUGAUGAUGAAGUAUUGCUGCGCCAUGUCACUCAUGGGCUAUAUUAUAGCCACAAUGCUUUUCGCGAUUUUUCAAGAACACAGUGCUAUAGAUCUCACUAAAGACAUUUUGUCGCUCUUUUGGCCGAUUGAUUAUUGCGGUCCGCGAGUGAAAGAAGAGAUAGUGAAGAAAGCAACGAAAAUAAACCGGAUCCAUUACAUCGUUCUGCUGUUUGCCGGUGCUUUGGGAAUCACCAUGUUCCCGAUCUGGGGUGAUCAGAAAGAAUGGUUUUUGUGCGUGCAAGUGUAUCAGCAUUAUUUCGGGAAAUGGUCGAAAAUUCCAUACUACGUUUAUUUUUUCACUUAUCCAAUGCUGGCGUUUUCGUCAGUCCGCUUGCCCUUCAUGACAAUGUAUGCCAUAGUGCAAAUACGCAUGCAGGUUUAUUUGCUACAUCAGCACAUUUCCGAAAUUUCCGGUGAAUACGUGUACGAUAUGAAAAAUUUGCAAAUACUUUGUGACCAGAAUUAUCAAAACGAAAUUUACGACAAAAUGCGGUUAAUUAUCUCACACCACAUAAUGCUCAAAAGAUGGAUGCGUAAACUGGUCCAUACUGUUCAAAUUUCAAUGCCAGUUUUUGUCCUUUUGGGAACAAUGACUUCAAUUUCUGUUUUAUUUUAUGCCAUUUACAGUUUUCACAACAUAAACUUCAUUCUUAAAGUACGACUUAUUUCUGUAUCUGUUUGCACAGUUCUUGUUGUCUACAUGUUCUCUGAAGCCGGACAAGCACUCAGUACAGAGACCACUGGCGUAUUUGAUCUGUUAAUGACUUGCCCAUGGUACGUCUGGAAUAUUAAAAACAGACGAAUUUUGCUUAUUUUUAUGGCAAAUUCAUUAGAACCCAUGACAUUUUCUUUGGCAGGCGUUACUUUAGAUUACAGAUUUGCCCUUGGGAUGUUACGAACAAGUUGUUCGUACUCUUUGAUACUUUAUAAGCUAAAGACUGGGAUUUAAAAAAUGCGCGACGAAAUAACGUCCACACUGUGUCGGAGUAUUCACAGCAAUUAAAUAUUAUUAAUUAUUAUAUUUAUAGUGUUAUUUAUAACGUAUGCUGAAAUAUCAUUAAAUUUACACAUUUUUUAUGAAUAAUA